AGAUGCAAAUGCGUGUGUGUGUGUAUACAUCAAACAAUGAACCGAAAGUCGUAGAACAAGCAAACUAACGAAGAGAACACCAUCCCAGGAAAAAAUAAACUCAUAAAAACAUCAUUCUUUUUCGUUUCAGUUGUUUGCCCCAUUUUGUUCACAUUAAAUUCUUCGAAAAGUGUUUUCGGUGCCGUAUUUUGUGGAUGCAUUUUAUAAUUUUGUGAAACAAGUGCAAGUGAAAAUGAAUAGAAGAAAUAAAUUGAUUCGUCGAUGUUGAUUACACACAAUGAUGCUGUUUGCGUCUGUUAUUAGUAGGAUUAAAUGCAAUUCCCAAAAAAAUACUCCGCGAACAAUGUAGAACAUGAACAAUUAUUUAACUUUUGGGAAUUGUUGUGCAUCAUUGUUUAAAGUCAAUUGCGCGAUAGUUUUCAGUUUAAUUUCGGUUUGAUUUUCGUUUUGAUUUAUAUAUUUCGGUAUCAUAUUGAUUUUCGGGUGGAUUUGUACAUAUACACAGUGCAUUGCGCUGAUUAUAAACAGAUUGUGUAUUUCUGUUCAGCACUGGUUUUCAAUGCGGUGUGUUGCGUGAACCAGUUUUGGUGUGCUGCUCAUAAUGCCCAAUAAUUUAUUUAUUUUAUUGUUGGUUUGUGCCAGUGUGCGAUUUAUUUAUGCCGAAAAUAUCGAAAAUAAUUAUAGUGAUUGCCCCGAAAAAUGCGCUUGCCGUAAAAUCAACGACAAUGGAAGUCUAUUGAAAGUUAAGUGCGGCGGUUUACCACAAAACAAACUCACCAGCAUCAAAGAGAUAAACUUUGAUAAUAUCAAAUACGAUGUGGUUCAAUUGGAUUUGAGUAAAAAUCAAAUAUCUACCAUUGAUGUUGUUGAUUUUGCGAAUUUCACAAAUCUACGUCGUUUGGAUUUGGGUGAAAAUUCGCUGCGAACCAUCGACAAUAACACAUUCGGUGAAAUCAAAUCGUUGGAGAAGCUCAAAUUGUCGCUGAAUUUAAUUGUACACAUAUUUCAAGGUGCCUUUGAUGGUUUACCACAACUAAAGCAAUUAAACAUAUCUGGAAAUCCGUUGGCAUGUGAUUGUAAUUUGCUAUGGUUGAUUCCGUGGUCAUCGAAUAUGUCAGUUAAGCUUCAACCGGCACCAAAAUGUGAGUCACCGCCAGUUUUCCGUGGUCUUCUGGUGAAAAAGCUGAAAGUCGGCGAAGAUUUACAUUGUGAUACACCUUUGCAGCCAUUGCUUGAGUUAAAGCCCGAUCAAGAUCAGGUCGUAUUCGAAGGUGAUCGCCUAACGUUGCGAUGUCGUGCGCCCCGUGUUGCUGUUGGUUCACCAACAGAUUCGGAAGACCUACCCGCAUUAUCUCACGUCUUUUGGGGUUUCAGUGAACAAAUUCUGGAGCCCAAUUCAACGGAAAACAUCUAUUUAUCUGAUCCACUCAAAAAGUUCCCAUCAAUUCAACUUGAUGCGCACCAUUUAUCCGACAGUGGUCUAUUAGAUUCCAUAUUAACCAUACCGUUUGUGACGCGAAAUCAUACUGGAACUUGGGAUUGUCGAUUGCGUUCAGAUCAACCGACCCUAUCGCGAAAUAUAUCCGUUUUGAUAAUAUCCGAGAAAACAACAUAUUGUCCGGCAAAAGAAACAUCAAAUAAUAAAGGAAAGUACUCAUGGCCCCGAACAAUACGUGGUCGCAUUGUAAAAUUACCGUGUUCCGAUGCGGACGAUGUUGAAAAUGAUGCAGUGGCAACUUAUCAAUGCAGCAACACCGGUGAAUGGAUGGACUUGAAUACGAAUCAAUGCUCGUAUAUGAAUGAAAUGACCAAAGUAUUGGAACAAUAUGCUAAAUUAAAUUUCUCAUUUGCACGGGGCAGCAUUUUAGAGAGUGCCAUUCGCCUGAGAAACUAUACAAACAUUGAGUCGGGAGUGAAUCCAUUUCGAGAUCCCAUGGAUAUAAUAUUUAUCGCAAAAACCAUCGAUAAUUAUUUGGAAUUUGUUGAAAUCGAAAAAGAUUUGGCAACCAUUCUUCUGGACAUUGUGUCACAAACAAUGAAAUUGGAGCCAAGAAUACUGCAGAAUGCACAAAAUGUGGACGGUGCAUGCACAAAAAUAGUGCAAGCAGCCGAAACAGCAGCUGAAUUUGUUGAUCCGCCAGCACAAAAAGAGAAUCUGGCAAUGGAAACGUUUCGCGUGCGUGGUGACAAUUUUUCUGGUAUCACAUGUUCGUGGUUCAAGACAGAGGAUUCAUUUGAAAAACAUGAGAAACGAAUUUUCCAAUGUAAUUCAGCAACGAAUGGACAGGGUAUUGGUGUUUAUGAGCGUCAUGUUGAAGCAGCGAUUCAGAUUCCAGCGACGAUUUUCAAUUCAGCCAUUGGUUUUAACCCGGCCACAAUAUCACCGCAAAAACUGCUUGUUUCUGUAUUUGCUGACAGCGGAUUUUUCCCACAUAAUAAAACAGCAACGCCGUUUCGUGUAAAAUCAAGCGUUAUUGGUGCAAAAAUAUCGGCACGUAUUGAGAAUUUAACAGAACCGAUUUACAUAAUGCUACGCCCUUAUCCGUAUCACAAUGAAAUUAGUGCACCGCGCCCAGUUUGGUGGAAUCAGGAGCUGAACGAUGGCAACGGCGGAUGGACAUUGGACGGAUGUCAAUCACCACAAUUAUUGCACGGUUUACUCGUAUUCACAUGCGAUCGCCUCGGUUAUUAUGGUCUUCUACAGAAUACAAAGUUCCUAAAUGAUUUUGACGAUGAACGAACUGGUGCUCGUUUUCGCCUGUCACCGCCAGCAUUUUACGUGGGUGGUAUUUUCUUGUUCAUUUGCACAUGGAUUAAUAUUGCUACCUAUGUGGCUGCUGGCAAUUCAAUUCAAAUGGCUCGACGCACAAAACAUGCUCUCCUUAAUACAUGGCUUACCAUGUCAUUGUUGAGCUUCGUAUUUACCGUUGGCAUUUAUCAAACGGAAGAUUCUAGAGUUUGUCAAUUGUUUGGUAUUACAAUACAUUACUUUAGUCUAUGUGUUUUAUUGUGGAUGUGCGUGAGUGCAAGUGCCAUGUACAAACGAAUCACGAAAUCACGGUCGACUGAACGAAAUCUAUCGAUACCAUCGGAUGAAUUGCCAAAAGAACGGAUUAAGAAACCAAUUUUAGGAUUGUAUCUCGUUGGCUAUGGCAUUGCAAUGAUAAUAUGUGGUAUAAGUGGUGCGGUUAAUAUGCAAGAAUAUGCAUCGUAUUCGUUUUGUUUUUUCGAUUCGCGUCCAUCAUUGGGUGCGAUCUAUGUGCCAAGCAUAAUUCUAUUGUCGUUUUUAUUAAUCGCAUUUAUUUGUAUCAAAUGUAAUAUGCUAACAACGGACGAUGUUGGUCACAUGUCGGAAGGAACACAAGCAACCGAAAAUGUCGAUUUAGAUUUGCUCGAACCGAGUCUGUCGCAGCACAAUGCAACAGUUGAUCGUUACCAAAGCAUAAGUUUGAGUAUGCCGACGUCAAGUAUUCAAGACGAUCUGGAGCAUUCGAACAGUGCACAAUUAAAAGCUCAUAUCAUUGUCUUGACUUUGUAUCUGAUCACAUGGAUUUCGGCAGCGAUAAGCAUCAAUCCCUUCGCCGAUCAAAUCACAUAUGAAGAGGAAAUUUUCAGUAUGGUUUUCGCCACAUCGGCCACAAUCCUCGGUUUAUUUUUGAUAUUUUUCUAUUGCGUGGCACGAAGUGAUGUGCGAAACCAAUGGAGUAUGUUAAGUUGUCGAAAUUUUGGCCGUGGACAAUGUUGUCGCACGAGAAAUAUCUCCGAUUCAAUAGAGCCGACUGUUGGUCCGGUUGUUACCUACCAUCAAAAUACGGGCACUCUUCGAUCGUCAUCACGUUCGAACAGUCAAUGCUCGAAAAAUCGGCAACCAAGCAACGGCAUGCUCAAAGGCUACGAAAUGAACAGUCAAACAUUAAAUCGAGCCGGUAGCCCGAAUGGUGUUAGUAAAAUUGGCAAUGGCAAUAAUGUAAACUUAGUGUUAAUGCAUCGCCAACAAUUUAUGAGCGGUUCAGUGACUGGACCCGGGUCGGAAAUUGGUGCCGACGUCUUUUAUAAUCCAAAACAAAUAAAUGUUGCGCGUAAAUUUUUCAAAAAACAAAAACGCCUACAAAAACGUAACAACUUCGAAUUGCAACGAAAUCGCGAUUUGGAAAGCAUGAGCGAUGCAUCGUCGAUGGUAUCGUAUCCGCGGCAACAACAAAUCUCUAUGUUUAGUUCAAAUAGCAAAGUAAAUAAUACAAAUAUUCAUGUCGAUCCGAAAAAUUUCACCGACAAUCCAUUCAAUCUCAAAGAGAGUUGCGGUGCAAUGAACUCCGAUUUAACCGGCAAUAAAUCGACCAACCUAAAUCCAAAUAUUUUGUCAGACAGUUGUAAUGAAAGCGAUCUGGUGGAUACGGAUCGUAUAAUAAUUGGUGCGGAGAAUUUGCGAGCGAUUACACAAAAUCGUCCGAAAAUAAAUAAUACCGCUGUUCAAUCGACAUCACAAAUGGUUGCAAAUAUUUACACAAAUAUACCGGAAACAAUUCAACCACAACAUGAAAUUGUAACAAUGCGAGCCGACGAUAAGUAUGGCAAACAAAAGCCAAUUUUCGAUGAAGAAGACGAAAUAAUUGAUGAUAAAACAUCGUUGAUUGCGACAAAUGAUUUAGAAGAAAAUCUCGAAACUGAACCAUUGUGCAAUGAAUCGAAUCCAACCGAUACAUCGACAAUUGAUGAUCAAUCGGUAAAAACAUUACCUACAUGCAUCGGAAAUGUAUCAAUCGAACGACUGGCAAAUAGUCCAAUCAAAGCAAUGAAUACAAUUGGUUUGCCAACCAUUUCGGUAACCGAUUUAAACGAUAGCAUUGAUCAAAAUGGUUCAAGUGAUUGUGAAGAAACCGAUUUACUUUUGCUCGAUCCAAAUGAAGAGUAUAUUUCAACGCCGUUGGAAAUUUCAUCGCAACAACCGCACGAUUUUGUGUAUCCAAUUCGUAAAACCAAGUCAUUGAAUAAUGUCAUACCGAGCGAUGAUUUCGCGGCGAGUCCGCUGGUCGAAAGUCAAACACGAAGCAUUUCAUGCACAAAUAUGUGUUUGUUUGGCAUUCCGAUGCCAACUGGUAUGCCGAUGGUGAUUAAAGAAUCAUAUCCGGCCAGCAGUAGUCCGGUUCUAAUUUCGCCGAGCCUUUGUGAUAUUAAUGAUAUUAACGAAAUGGUACAGCCAAUUCCGCCGAUUAAACCAUCCACAUCGAAUGGCAUUGUGCAUAGUUUUCAAAAUCGUCGCAUUCAUUUGGAGAGUACGCCAGCCGGCAGUGAAAAUAGUCUGUACUUUGGACGAAAUGGAAUAUCACGAAAUUUCACAUCGAGCCCAACCAAUGAAAGUGAUAUCAACUAUCAAAAUUCAGAGCUCAGCAUACGUAGUCAUGAACUGUAUGCACCACCAGAUAAUGAUCUCAAUAUGACACUGACCGGUGAUGGUUGUUCACAGUUUUUCAAUUCAUAUCAACCGUCCGAAAUAAGCGAUUUCGAUUUGGACGAUGAUUAUAGUGGACACUUGCGUACUCGGGCCGAGGAACGACUACUUGGCAGUGGUGGAAAUCAAGCAGGUCGAAGAACGGCCAUCGCACCCACCGAAUCCGACAUUGAAAACGACGAAACCGAAGAUAUUCUCAAUGAUAGUCAGUCGUCUAUCGAUGAAUUGUACCAACAAAUCACAAGAGGCUCCGUGCGAAAAGCGCCAAUUCGUAAAGUUGUUGCCGAAGAAGAAGAGAGCAGUCAAAGCAGUAUUAUUUCAUUUGUUGAACCAUCCACCGAACAACGAUAAUACUUUCCAAACAAACUUUAUAUAUAUAUAUAUAUUUGAAACAAAAAAGAAAAGAAAAGAAUGUUUGUAAUAACUCUCAACUUCCGCAAGAUAUAAUUUGUCAAGACUUUAACUUCCAUUUGCCAUUUUUUUUUUUUAAUUUCAAUUAUAAUAUAUAUUCACGUUCAUUGAGAAAAAAUCUAUUUAUACACAGAGAAAGAAGAGAAACGAAUCGAUUUAGGUAUAAUAUCGUAUUUUAGAAAAUGGUUUUUUUCUCUUUCGGAUUGCAUAUUUAAGUAUUUAUAUUAAAUACUAACGUUUAAGUGUUGAUCCCAUUAUAAGCAUUUUGUAGGUCUAUUUACAAAAAAAAUGAGAAUAUUGGACAAAAAUUGCCUAUGAAUUCGACCGCAUACAACGACAAUGUCAAUUUUAUAUAACGGAUGCUAUUCUAGCGUUUAGAAAUGAAGAAAAAAAAUGAAAUAAAAAUCGCGCUUUGAUUCGCUUUAGAUGUUUAAUAUUUAACACCUAUUUAUUUAAGUUGAUUUUCGAUUUCUUACACUAUUUACUAUCACGAAAUUGCAUUUUGCUAAUCAUUUUUUUUUUUCAAAUUUAAUUUUUAAUCGUAAAAUUGAUUGAAUAAUAUCUUCAAAAUUACACAAAAAUUGAUAACAAACAGCAAACCGAAGAUUUCGAUUCUACAAUGCGUGAAGUUUUAAUAUUUUGAUUUGACGCGUUUUAGAAACGAUUAAUAACAGAUAGAGCAAUAGAUACGUAUAUUGAGGUUUCCAUCCGUUGGAUAAAAAGACUGUAAAUUCAUUUUCAAUGCAAUAAAAUAAAUGGAAAAAUAGUCAAAAUUUAA